GGGAGGGACGAAGGCGGAAGGGACGUGAAAAGAAGGAUGUUCUCGAUAAUGUGAACAAAAUGGAACGGUAAAUUUUGGAAAAUUCAGGUAAGCUGAUAAGCUCACCAUUAACGUAAAUCUUUUUGUUUACCCUGUCCUAUUUUCUCCCUUCGGAACAUUAGAUAACAGCCUUCAGUGCAAGACUUACAAACUUUACAAUAAAAGUUAGAUCCGAAAUUAUCUAAACUGACUUUAUACGAAUACUUAAUACGAGUCGCAAUAGAUAUAGGUGGUCGUUUUUGCUUUAAGUGCUUGUAAUCAUACAGUCGAGCCUCCUCUAUUAAACGGCCACCUCUCUACAAUGCAUGGCCACUUUCUUUUUCUCUCUGCAGGGUGGCAGUUGUGGAGCUCAGGUAAACACUUUGGUUCUAUUUUACACUGCAUACAGCUCCCCUUUUCUCUUUAAUUACCAACUGAAGAGUAGCAUGUGAAAACAGCCAACAUUUCGUGACACCACCACUGGUCUCCCAGCAAAAUGAUGUCUGAGAAACAAGUGCAGAAAUUCUAUACAGGUGACAUGUCACUGUUACAAGUCAAAAUUAAUAUUUUCCGGUUAAAAUCUUUUCCUUUCUCUGCUAGCUCUGAUUAUUCUUGAAAUUGGGCUAGGAGGCAAAGGAAAUUGAGAAUCAACUAAGGUUAAAAAAUUUUAACCUGAAUUUAAUUCUGAUCUGUAACAUCACUUCCUAGAUCCGGGUAGUGCUUCUGAUUGGUUGCAGUAAAUUUUCGUUGUGGCGCGACCAAUCAGAAGCACCUCCCUGAUCUGGGUGGUGACAUGUCUUUUUGCAGGGAAACCAGAGGUGACGUCACAAAAUUUCAGCUGCUUUCUCAGGCUAUCUGAAGACUAAUGGUCGAUUGCUAUUUGUGUAGUGGUUCAUACUGUUGUGGUUGCUUCGCACCCCUGUUUUCAGACAUAACCAUUGAAAAAAGCUCUGAACAUAGUAUUAAACUGAAAUAUGAUUUUCCUUGCCAUUUCAUUGGAAAGUCAGUGGUAAAAACAGGGGGAAGGGACAACCCUGAAAGUUAAGUAUUUAGCCUAGAAAUGGAGGAGUAGCUGAUGGCUCAAUCUAAAAUAAUAUUGGUUGUUCUGCCAACAAGCUUCGCAAACAUCUUAAAUGUUUCAAUAAAAUGUUAGGUCAGUUGUUCAAGUCAUUUUAUGAGUUGCUUCCCUAAUAUCUUUGCUAACAUUAUAUUAGUCGUUUUGCUAAGGUCUAUCAUGUAAUUCAGUUCUUGUAAUAAGAACAAAAUUUCCUCUGUGGAGAAACAAAAACUCAAGGAAAUCUAUGUAUAGAAUUCUAUGAUUACCAAAUUUAUCAUUUAAACAUUGAUUUGUGUCAUCAGGGUGGAAUUUGAAUUUGAAUUUGUGCACUCUGAGCGAGUUGACAUGCGCUUUGAGCAAGUAGAGUGUGGUUAAAAUUAUGUAUAAUUAUGCCUGGAAAAGCAAACAACUCAAAAGUAAACAUUUAAUUUUCAGGUUAAUUUCUUUCAUACCUUGUUUCAUUUACCUAUAUUGAAAUAUAUGUAGUCUCUGUCUUGUUAAUUUAAUAUGUUGAUGUUCAUGUAUCUGUUUAACUUUAUUGUUAUUUUUCAGCCCUAUUAUUGUAACUUUUUUUACUUUUCCUUCCCGCCUUGAUUAGCUGUUGGCUACUUUGCGGGCAAGGAUUAAUUAUGACAUAUAUCCAAAGUGUUUUUAACAAACUUGAACUUGUGAAGGCAAAAUGCACAGUCCUCUUCUCACUCUUCUUGUCUUUUAAUUUAAGAAAUGAAUACAUAAAGUUUGUGAACUUGGUAUUUUAAUCUCGAUUGCUGCUGACAAUACUUGGUUGUAUUCUUGGUAUCAUUUUGUUAAUUCACCUUCUGAGCUUCUAAGAUUUCACAUGUAGUUUCAUGUGACCUUUUCUGUAAACACACCCUGAAAGUUCAGACAUCCAUUCUCUGCCACAUACUGUACUUAUCUGAACUUAGAGUCACUAUUUCAAGUUCUCAUUAACUUAUAUAAUUAUUUUCCUUCCCUUUUGCUGUUUGAAAAUCGAAUAGUUUAAGGUUCAAAAUUUCAAAGCAGAAGAUCAGGAGUGACUUUAACCGCCUCAGGUGUGGUGGAACAGAAAAAACAUUUGCUGGAACAUGAAGUUUCAACAAGUGCAUGGAAAUCUCCUUUUCAGUUGAAAGAAUUUUUGCAACUUAAGAUGCAGACACACUGGAAAAGGUGCUCCUUUUUACAGUUGAAAGAAUGGUUUUAUAGCACUCCUGCAGAUGGAUCUUGAAAAGUUAUAAAUACCAUCAACAUUGUCAAACAACAAAAAGCCAAACAACAAAUGUUUUUCUAUCUAGGGAAAAUGUAUUGAAAAUUAAUAGUGGUGAUCGCAUGUGAUCAUGAUUUUUGAAAUGUGAAUCAUGUAUGUAUGAAAUUUGCACACAUCACCGGUUUUAUUUCUUCUGAGGUUUAGUUCCAAUAUUAAAACCAUUUUAGCGGUUGAGGCGGGAAUUCCCACUACAAGCACUCCUUGUUCCUGCACUUCUGCCAUGCCCUUGGCCUUAAAAUCGCUCUUAUUCUUCUGCUUAGAUAUUUGUGAGUUUUAAACAGUGAAUGGGAAAUAACAUUUAGCACGUACUUAGUACAGUAUGUGUCAGAGAACGAAUGUCCGAACCUUUGGGGUUUGUUUACAGCAAAGGUCAUCAAAAGUCACGUAAAACUACACUUGAAAUCUGACACUCAGAAGGUGAGUUAUAUGUUAAUUCUUUUUUCUUAGGUCUCGUGUAUUGUUAUUGUGUGUGAUCAAGGAAAUCAGUCAGUUGUUGGGAGCUGUGCUACAAUGUAUCCUGGUGUUGGACUGCCAGUAACCAGAACACCACCCUCAAGCCCUUCUUUAUCAAGAUACAUGCACCAUCCACCACCACUUCCUUGUCCACCAUCACAACCUGCACUCACACAUGUUACUUCCACCCCUACUGAGAACCAUGCUAAGAAUCAAGUUUCUUCUGUUUUACCACCUGUGCAACCUACAUCAGAUGUUUCUCCCCCUCCCCCCCCCCUCCUCCUCCUCCUCCACCACCUCCUCCUCCCAUGCAUGUACCUCCACCACCACCCUUAGGAGUGUCAGCCUGCUCUCUUCCUCCUGUUCCCCCUCCACCUCCCCCUCCCAUACCAACAUUUUCAAAGCUUUCUGUUGCAAGGAAACUAUCAGUCUGCAGGAAAAAACCCAUCGCUCCAGGUACUAAGUAAAUUAUUUAAUUAUUUUUCACAUUUAGAUCUGCUCCCUGUUUAUUAAUUUAUUAUAAUUAUUAUUAAUUUUUCAGUGAAAGUGGGUUUUUUUACUGUGGAUAGAUUAGGGUUAGAGAUGAUGGCUAUAAGAAUAAAGCCCCCUUUUUCCUUGGAAGGAUUUGCCUAAAAAUGUUGUUUGAAGGAAGGUUUAAAAAAUUGUUGCCAGGGCUUUAUCUAGCCACAAAGAACACCCUGUUUACAAGUUGAGGACUUUGCUCUCUUUAUUAAGCUUUGGUAUUCAGAUAGUUUUACGAACAAAAUUAUGACGCUUUUCUGUCAAUCCCUGACCUUCAUUCUUACUUUCUCCCCUUCUUUCUGUUUUUGCCUUUCUACCCUGUUUUUCUAAAACCUUGAAGGUUGUGAAAGUAUUUUGAAAGAAGUCUUGGUGGGUAGAGAGCAACAAAAAGUUCAUUUAAAUGUUAUGAUUGAAGUUACAUGAUAUUUUACUCAUAUCAUCCUUUUCUCCUCACUAAAGAUUGAAUCACAAACACCUAACUUACCCAGCCAUACUGUUAAUCUUGCUGGUGGUCCGCAUAUUACCUAGUUGUUUUUAAUUAUGUUUGUUUCAUUUUUUCUGGUUGAUAAAUUUAGCAUCUCCCAUGAAACCACUCUUUUGGAAACGCAUCCAACUGAAUCAAGUGGGUGACGGAGAAAAAAAGUGUAGCUCAACUGUCUGGGCAUCACUUGAAGAGCCAGAAAUCAAUGGCAAUGACCUUGCCAAAAUGUUUGCAAAGGUUGAGAGAAAAACUGAUGGGAAGCUUCUGUCUUCCACAUCCUCGAACAAAAGAAAACAAAGAGUUAUCCAUUUGUUGGACAACAAGAGAUCACAGGCUGUGGGAAUAUUCCUGAGAAGUCUUCAUGUUGAAAUGGAUGAGAUAAAAGAUGCAUUGUAUAAUGUUAACACAUCUAUUCUAGAUCAAGAAACUUUGAGCUCACUCUUCGAAAUUGUAAGUAAUGGGGACUAGUUAAACCCAUUUCAUAAUGUGAUCAUCUGGGGGACUUUCCAUUAUUUUGAUCAAUGCAACAGGCAAUUUCUUGUGAUGAAAUGAAUUAAACUAGCAUAAUUUUAUAAGAAAGAAACGAGAAAUAUCCCGUGUGAAAUGAAUUGAUUCAAUGCUGCUGCCUAAGAAAAUUUUUUGGGAGCCCUUUGGACUCCUAAAAUAGAAAGUUAGGAGCCCUAGCCACAAUUCUAGGAGCCAAUUGAGUUUCGAAUUGCCAGAAAAAUGCUUUUUUGUUUACUUCUAUCAGCCGAAAUUUUUUACCUACGGUUGACGAACAUACGUUUUACCUUUUCAAAAGUGUAAAAGGAGCAGGAAAUUCUGUCAUUCCUUCAUUGGACAUAGGCAUAGAGGCUAUUGCCAUAAGAAUCAUAAGUUUUAGGUGCCCGGGCAGGCUCCUUGUUUCAAAUUUUAGUUGCCCGUGAGCAAAGCCUUAAUUUGUGGCUGCUGAAACUGUUCAUACAUGUAAGUAGAUAAAUGAAUGAAAUUGAGCUUCCUAGACCAGUAGUAUGUCACCUAAGCCCUGAAUUUGACUUUGGUUUAUAUUACCAUUCUUUCCUUGUUUGGCAGACCAUGAUUCUUAAGAGCCAUUAUCUGAGAAAAUCGAGAAUCGCACGACACUCGUCAAAAAAUGGAAUUUUUUUUUCUUUUGCCAAAACAUCCCUUUUAGUGACCUAAUUUGAGAAAAAAUAGUUUUGGGUUCAAACGAUUCAUUUUAAAGGAGAAAUUAGGAAAAGUUUGAAAAAUCGAUUUUAUGCUCGUUUUUCGCACAAAACACGGCAGGAUGCAAUGGCAACUUCGAGAGAAGGGUGAACGCGUAAGAAACAUUCCCUGACAUUGAAACUUCACCGAAUUAUUAUUUUGUUCUUACUCUUGAAAAUCCUAAAAGAAAAUUUGAUAAACAAUGCUUUACAUUUUUAUAAUCGACAAGUGUAAAGAGGUCAUAUUUGUGACGUUAGACGUGCUAGAAAAUGAAGGCCAACUUUGACUAUUAAAAAAGGCCUCUGGUAUAUGCCACUUGAUCAUAAAAUCAAUAUAAAAUGGAACCUUGGUUUUUGUACUAACCUACUGGAAAGUUUUAGCUCUGGAAAUCAAAUACCAUCCUGACACCAAAGCAAGCGGUGAGAGCAAUUGAAUUGGGAAAUUUAUGCAAAUUAGACGGCUUGCGGACGGUUGUCAAACUAAAAGAAAGGUUUUAAAUGAAAGGAUUACUCACCAUUGCUUGUAACACGUUUUUACGGCAAGGAAAGUUAUUUCCAACUUCUGUUGCGUCGUUUUGAGUCACAAAAUAUAUAAUUUUUAGCCAAAAGACAAACGUACGUCUGCUCAGCAACUGCGUCCGAAUCCGGCCGUGAUUCGAAAUAAAGUCACAACACGUCGAAGCAAGAGUUACAAGAGUUUUUACUUCAGUCAGGAGGCAAAAGGAAUAAAAAUUCAUCGCAAACAGGAGCAAACUAAUGACUUCGAUUUUGAAAACCUUUCAUCACUUCAAUCGUUCGUCGGCUGAUAAUAAACAUCGCACAAGAUCGUAUGACCUUUGGCGUGUGACCGGAAAUUGGUCACACGCUUUAGUCACGUCAGCAUGCUGUCAUUUUCGUAGCAUUUUCGUAGCUGUUUCGUAGCUGUUGUCAGCAAUUUUAAUACAGUUUUCACAUUUUCUGACAAGAAAUCCUCUCAUCGCAGUAGAAACAGCCAUGCAUAUUUAUUUUUCUUUAUUUACCUACUAGACUUUGAAACAGCUUUUUUGCCUUCGAAGCACUAAACAGGAGGGGUACCUCGGAUUCCAAGCGUCGUGAGUGAUCUGUGGAAGCGAAAAUUAAGACCAAAAAAGAACGAAUAUUUUGAAUACUUAAGUAAAGCCACAGCUAAAAAAUUAAUUUGUUCAAAAUAUUUUCAAACCAAGAAAAAAACAUACUUCGAUCAUCCCCGUGACUUGGAAUCUGGCCAGAGUACCCCCUUCCCCUCCCCUCCUCCACUAUGCCGGGUCAAAAUACUAAGUUCCCCCGGCCCAAUGUCCCAUAGUCAAGGGAGUAUACUCUCUUGCUGUAGUAAAGAACUUGCAGAAUAAUACCAAUUCUCCGUGGCCAACGGAUUCAACGCUAUAGUUUACUUUGGUUUUGCUUGUUGAUUUUUUCGCUAUUUGCUCACGAUCAGGAGCCUAUAACCCCAACUACGACCAAAUUAUGAAACCUGUUAUUACCAGAAAAAAAAAAACACAAAGAAACAGUCAGUCAGAUAGACAGUACAUAAUAAAAAAGACCUCCAUUAAGAUUAAAAAAAUCAAUACGUGACACUGUCGAAUACGAAAACCCAGAAACCAUUUUGUGGAAAAAAGGUUCGCAUACAGCUAUCAGCUGCUUUUGUCCACAACUCGCCGGUAGAGGUGCGCGGAAACUAGUGAUUGUGAAAUGGCUUCAAACUAUGAUCCUAUACUGUUGGAAUAUUACUUAUCACAGAAAGCUACACCUGAUUUCUUCUAGCAGACCCAACCCUCUUGGUUCGUGUGGACAAAGUAGCUCAUCCCGGCUAUUUGCACCAUGCUACCAUAGUCUCCCUAGAUUCCCAAGCCUCGCACGCAGACUUUCCUGUCCCACGAACGUUGGGUAGGAUUGUAGGACGAGCCAAAAGAAAGUGAAGGCUAUAGGCUCUCGCGAUGAUGCAAGGAAGGUCGAGUAUUAUAUUCCCCUAUCCUGGUCGCCAAGGGUAAGUCUGCGGCGGAGAGUGACUGAGAGGCUGUAUGUUUGAAAAGUUGACUAACGCCCCCGGGACUAACGCUUUCCCCUGGAUAAAUCUAUAUCCAAUAAGUAACGCAAUUGCUUCUUCUUAUUCGCUUGAGAGUGAUUUCCGGUGGGUAGCGCUAUCCAACGUUUGAACAACAGGGCCCUAAGAAUUGUGUUUCGCCUUGCACUAAAAACCCAUAAACCUUAUAAAUUUCACUAUGGGACUUCAGUACCUCCCUUGAAUGAUCCAUUUCGCUAAUCGGGACCUCAAAACAACGAUAACAACGAUACUGUGUAUCCUGAGGGAGUGUAUACUAUACUUUCCUGGCUCUCGUCACUCACAGUGAGGUGAUGGUGGCUUAUACUAUAAUAGACCUAACACAGUCGAACCUCCAUGUACUCACCUCCCAAGCUACCCUGGGCGAGCCAACUUUUCCUCCAUUUCCUUACAAAACUUGGUAAACCAUUUACAUGAGAAACAAAAGGUUGGUUCGGAUAGACGCCUUACUACCAGUAGUGGGCGGGGUUGAGGGCUUCCGGAAGUCAGCCCUCCACUGAGCCGGUAGUGGUGGCCUUACCCUUCUAGCCCGGCUAAUAUUUCUCCACUUUGGCUCGCCCAGCUAGCUGGGACAACAUGGUCAAGGCUACACAAAGACAGCAUGCGCAAGCACUGUUGACUCGGACAAAGUGCUCAGUUUUUUCCUCAUAUAAACGCUCGCAAAAGUUGGCUCGGCUAGGAGGUUGACCUUCUCUCCUGCACAGCUUUUCUCCAUCCUUGGGUUCCAAACAGUCUUUUAGCAAUCACGUUUGAAAUUUAUAGGAAAAUGAUGUAGCACUUCAAAAAAUAAUAAUAAAAAAAAUACUUUGUUUUCACAGCCUGUCAAUACCUAGAAGGUGUCUAUAAAAGUAAUCAACUGCAGAACAGGAGUCAAUUUCAGUUUUUUGCGCUUUUCACGCUAGCACUGCGAAGCGGACUGGGGGCGCGAGACACGCGCGAUGCAUGGGGAACAAGUUCUGCUGGCUAUAAAAGAAAUUUGAAAAAAAAAAAAACAAAUAAAGCAGGCCUGAUUUUAUUUCGAUGAGUCUAUUUUUUGUCGCAAGCAAACGUGAAAAAUCGUAUUAAAUUCGUGACAGUAUGCUAACGUGACUUAAGCGUGUGACCGAUUUCCGGUCACACGCCAAAGGUCAUACGAUCUUGUGCGAUGUUUAUUAUCAGCCGACGAACGAUUGAAGUGAUGAAAGGUUUUCAAAAUCGAUUCAUUAGUUUGCGAUGAAUUUUCAGUCAUUCGGCCCGCUGACUGAAGUAAAAACUCUUGCAACUCUUGCUUCUAAAGGACCGCAGUGACGUGUUGUGACUUUAUUUCGAUUCACGGCCGGAUUCUGGCGCAGUCGCUGAGCAAACGUACGUUUGUCUUUUUGACCUUUUGGCUUAAAAUUAUCGAUUUUGUGACUCAAAACGACGCAACAGAAGUUGGAAAUAACUUUCCUUGCCGUAAAAACGUGUUACAAGCAAUGGUGAGUAAUCCUUUCAUGUAAAACCUUUCUUUUAGUUUGACAACCGUCCGCAAGCUGUCUAAUUUGCAUAAAUUUCCCCAUUCAAUUGCUCUCACCGCUUGCUUUGGUGUCAGGAUGGUAUUUGAUUUCCAGAGCUAAAACUUUCCAGUAAGUUAGUACAAAAGCCAAGGUUCCAUUUUAUAUUGAUUUUAUGGUCAAGCGGCAUAUACCAGAGGCCUUUUUUAAUGGUCAAAGUUGGCCUUUGUUUUCUAGCAUGUCUAACGUCACAAAUAUGACCUCUUUAGACUUGUCGAUUAUAAAAAUAUAAGACAUUGUUUUUCAAAUUUUCUUUUAAGGUUUUCAAGAGUAAGAACAAAAUAAUAAUUCGGUGAAGUUUCAGUGUCAGGGAAUGUUUCUUACGCGUUCACCCUUCUCUCGGAGUUGCCAUUGAAUCCUGCCGUGUUUUGUUCGAAAAACAGGAAUAAAAUCGAUUUUUCAAACUUUUUUUAAUUUCUCCUUUAAAAUGAAUCGUUUGAACCCAAAACUAUUUUUCCUUAAAUAAGGUCACUAAAAGGGAUGUUUUGGCAAAAUAAUAAAAAAUUCGAUUUUUUGACGAGUGUCUUGCGAUUCUCGAUUUUCUCAGAAAAUGGCUCUUAAAAAAGUGCUAAAAUUGAUAUUCAUGGCCUGUUGCUGCCGGGAAAAAUGUUGGGAGAAUGCAUGAAAUGAAGGAAAGACCAAAAAUGAAAACUGGGGACAAACUGCUUUAUACAUUUAUUCACCUCUUGGACAGGGAUUCGGUUUGGCUAAUUACUUUUUUUGGUGGUGUUUAUUAGUGUAGAAAUAAAACCAAUGUCUACUUGUUGACUCUUAUUUCAUAAGUAGGUGAAGUAUGAGUGUAUCUUUCUGGACUACACUUACCAGACAACUGAUAACACAUGACUUUUGGUUUCAAAACAUUCCCAAGAAGUUCCUUAUGUAUGAGGAUAUUAUAUACUAUUCCAGUGGAUCAAAGUUCAUAAGAACUCUUUGCUUAUUUUAUUAUAGAGGCCAACAGAAGAGGAACUUCGUACAAUUUCUUCUUUCUGUGAGAAAAAUUGUGAUGCGGUACUUGACAGACCAGAACAGUUCUUCAAGGACUUGUCAACAAUUAGCUGCUAUGAAGAACGACUGUUUUGCAUGAUGUUGAGAACAACAGUAACAGAUUCACUGUCAGAAAUGGGGCGGAAACUCACUAAUUUCAGAUUGAUUUGUGAGGUAACCGAGUUUUUAAUGGCAUGUUCAUUACUGAACUCAAGUUAAACAAUUAUGUCAAUUAUUAUGUCAAAGCUGUCUUCAUGUCAAAUUGAUUCAAAUUACCGUGGAUGUGGGUUGUGAUGGCAAUAAGGUUGCUGUGGCUUAGAGAGGGAAGGGAAAUUUUUCACUUUUCCAACUGUUAAGGGAGAAGCCGUUACUACUCUUAAUCGUGAAAGUUAGUGACUUCUUAGUCUUACAAGUAUAAGAGAUGACAAUAUUAUGACAUGACUGUCUCAAAGUUGAAGAACAUAAGCAAGAGUGUAUUGAAACAGAUAAUUGAUAAGUGAGCGUGAUGCUGUAUAUCAUCUAAGAACGAACUUCAAAAAAAGUGGUACCUAAGACUUCUCCUAAUUAUUUACAGUAUAAAAUCCAUAAACGUUGGCUACUCUCGUGGAUUCAUUUUAUUGUUAUAAUACGUGCUACAACAUUUGAAUGCUUUAAAAUGCAGAUGGUCGUUAACUUGGCACCAGUAUCUCUAAGCGAUAAAAAAGUGAAGUUCUACACUUGCCCAAGAAUGACUUUUCUGCAGAAAAAUGCCUCAGAAAAUGUUUACAAGAGCAUUUCUGAGCCUCUAUAUUUCAAAAUUUUCUGGGGUGGGGGGGCAUGCCCCAGACCCCUAGCAGCAGCUCGCGCCUUUGGCGCUCAAAACUUGCCUCAUCUUGUUCUCAAGUCUGGCUGUUCUGAAGUCUGGCUGUGGCCCUGGUUUCAUUGUUAGCGCAGUGCUGUUGAUCAGUGCUGGUGACCUGAGGCUACACUUUACUUAUCUGGCCCCGGUUGUUCAAACGUUAGUUAGCACUAUCCAGCGGAUAAAAAUUAGAGAAACCAAUUGCGCUAUCCACCAGAUAGAGAUUUAUCCAGUGGUUAACGUUGUCCACUUUUUAAACAACUGGGGCCUGUUUGUUAUAGUACAAGUUGAGGAAUAGGAGCUACCUCUGCUGCCCAUAACAAGGCUCUCUUAGGACUCACUGAUGCGUUAGUUAUUAUCUUACAACAUUGUUAAAAUUCUGAAAAAAGCUUAAUGUGACACUACGGAUCUUAUCCAACAGAUGCUCAAGACAAGUAAAGAGGUGACCAGUAUUUUAGGCUUGGUUCUUGCAUUUGGAAACUACAUGAAUGGAGGAAAUGUUUCUCGUGGUCAAGCAGAUGGUUUUGAGCUGGAUAUUUUACCCAAACUUAAGGAUGUGAAAUGUAAAAACAAUUCAUCCAACCUAUUGCAUUACCUUGUCACCACCUAUAUUAACAGGUUUGACAAGGUAAGUUAUUGGCAUAGUGAAAUGUACAUGUAGUGCAAUGAAAUACAAGGCAAUACAGUAGAUUACACUACAGAUUUACAGCACAGUACACUUUAGUUCUUAAAGGAGUACAAAAAUCACUUCACAGUAGUGUAAAUACUGCUCAGCUCAUGACCCUCACAAUUUUACACAGUCAAGUUUAAAAAUAGCAAUUAAAAUGCAGCGAUGACUUUUUUGUUGUCAACUACUGUAUACACUGCAGCUGAUGAGCUCUAUAUGGGAAGGAAUACUGCACAUGAGUAGGCUCAGUUUCCACUGUCUCCCAGGUCCGCUCUUUGCAUUUCCUGAACAGUGGCAAGUAAACGAACCUACUGCAUGAACUUUCCUACCAAGAUUGGACUGGCUCAAAAAGUUUUUAUUUAAUUUACGAUGACGUGUUUUUGCUCACAAGCUUCGUCCUUUCUUCUCUCCUGUAGAAUGCAGGAACUGUAAGUUGUAAGUUUCCACUGCCAGAACCAGCUGACCUAAAAGCAGCAUCUCAAGUGACAUUUGAAGACAUAGAAGGUGAAAUUAAGCACUUGAAGGAAGAACUUGAUAUCUGUGAAAGAAAACUCUCCAAGGUGUUUAAAGAAAGUGAGGAGCAUCUGCAGCAGCCUUUUAAUGAUGUGAUGAAUUCAUUUGUGGAGCAGAGUCGGGCAGAGGUAGCAGAGCAGGAUCAAGUGCUAACGGAAUGUAAGAAAAGGUAGGAAGUUAAACACAAACAAAACACCCGGCAUGUUACCUGGCACAGUACAAUAAUGUUAAAUUAGCUACAUGUUAGCUGCAUGUUAGGAUGGUCUGGAGUCAAAUAUGUGACUCUACACUUUAGAGAUCAGGGGCCCGUUUCUCAAAAGUCCCGGUAAGUUUUCGGGCCCGAAAUCAAAUAUUCAAAUCGAAAUAUAAAGAAUAAGAGCGCGGGUCCAGGCUAGCAAACUACUCCAUUUUGUUUCAUUAACUGAUAGUCUUAUCAUGUUAGAUGCAAAAGUACUGAAACCUCGAUCUUUAAUGUAAACGGCAACAGCUUACCGGGCCCGUUAAUUAUCGGGACUUUCGAGAAACGGGCCCCAGUACUUUGCUCCGUUUCAAGAAUCACAUCAAAAUCACCGUUGUUAUGUGUGAACAGAAGCCCUAUCUGGUAUGGUUAGAGCUCUCAAGUAUAGUGUCAACAUAGCCUUAGAAGCAUUAUUUACUAGUAUUCUAACAAGUCACCUUUUACUUGUCAGAUACAUUUGUCUUUGGCAGUUCUUCAGUGGUAAACCCUCUGCUUCAUGUGUUCCACCACAAGAAUUCUUUGAGCUCUGGGCGAGGUUUAGUUCUGACUUCCUUGUGUUCUGGAGAAAAGAACAGCAGUUAAUUGCGAAACAGAUUUAUGAAGAGACAAAAAGGAAAGUUUAUAAAGAAAAAGUGGAGGGUAUUGCAGUAAAGCCUGCAACAGUGACUGGCCUUAAGCUUAAGCUAGCCUCCUCUAAGAAAACGAAUAUACAGUGAGUAAAAUAGUCGAAAAUAGGGCCUGUGCUCUAAACAUUGAUAAUCUGCUUUUUUGUAAUUGUAAGCAAUUUACCAGAUUACUGGAACACUUGCAUAUACAUUGUAUAAUAUACAUAUAAUUUAUAUUGCUUGUGUAAUAUACCCGUCAUGACAAAAUAGUGAUUGCCCAUUUUUAAUUUUUGUUAGUCAUAUUUUCUUUCAAUAGGUUGUCGUACACAAAUUCGACACGCGAGUUGUAUUUUGUAAGAAUUUAAUUUUUGUCAUUUUUAUGUUUCUUCAUAGAAUUUAUUAAUUACCAACAGAAGGUUGGUGUAUUCUAGCGCCAGCAGUCCGUUGAACAAUUCCAAAACUUAUUCCUCCUUGUAAUACUAUCAACUUUCUUUAAAUUUUUUUAGCUACAGAAGCAGUCCUAAGGAAAACAGCCUGACAACCUUAGGGUUAUGCCAAUUGCGAUAACAGAUAAUCUUGAAGCUUUUGUGCGAACUGUAUAAAUCCAGAAUAGAUCUAUUUGACUUUUGCUGUGGCGCUAUAAGACAGAAACGUCAAAACCUUUGUUUCACUCAAUCAGCUGAAAAUGAAAUAUUCAUCUAAAAUGGGUCAGUCAUUUUAUGUCAGAAACCACGAGUGGGUUGGAUGGCUUCUGUUAUUGAAACAAACCUGUUAAUAUUUAUUUGUUUAACGAUAGUGAUGAAGUAUUUAUGUAAUAUCGCAAUAGACCAAUUUCGGUAUGUUAAUAUUCAGACUUGGCACCGAGGCUCGAGGAAAUAAAAGGAAAGAAGUAAUUUUUUAUUCCUCCAUCCCUCAGAGCCAAGUAUGAAUUUUGAUAUAUCGAAAUAGGUCUGUCUAAAUGUAAAGAGGAUCAUUACAGUGAAAGACUCAAUUUGUGUAGUUGCGAAAACAAAGCCGGUAUUCGAACCCUGACCCGGCUUUGCGAUACCGGUGAGCGGGCGGUCUAACCAAUUAAGCUAGCAAGGUAUCUGGGAGCUGGUCAUUUAAUUGCGUAAUAUACCCUGGAAAUAUGAAGAUGA